AUGCGAUUCGUGAAAGCGGCAAAGCGACGCUUGCUUUUCUGGUGGCAAUCUCUGACUGGAGUGAUGAGCUCCUGGAGUCUGGUCAGCAAAGUAGUUCUAAUCGGUGUAGGAAUCUCGGUACUGCAAAGCAAUCUCUAUGGACUUUCGGCAUGUCGCUUUAACAUCAGACGCCGAAAAUUUGUUUUAUCGAAGCCCCUGGCCAUCUACUGUUUUGUGGUUGGCUUUCUGUUUGGCUUCUACUAUGUGCAACUCAUAUGGACGGAGUACAAAAGUGGCCAACUUGCACAGCUGGACAUCAUAAAGACGUAUUGCUAUGUCAAUGCCGUGGCCGUCUUGCUCAACUAUGUGACACAGUGGGCAAUGAUGCAUCCCAUACUUAACUAUUUGAACGAUGUGCCCUUGUUCAGCACCAUCAACUAUUUUGACGUCUCGUUUUUGGCCGUGAGACGCUUUGUGAUCUUUGGUGCGGUCAAAAUGUUUGGAUUUCCCUUUAUGCUGCAGCUGGCAACGUGGAUAUAUCAGCAUCAUAAACAGCCAGAGCUGAGUUGGAUGCACAGCAGCAUCACAAUGAUUCCAAUUUUGCUGGGCAAUCAUUUGAACAACUGUUUCUUUGGAAGCAUUCUUGUUGCUCACUGCCUUUUCAUACAGAUCAACAAUGUGUUGCGAAAGAUGCUCGCUGAAGUGAACCGAUUGCAAACCCCUUUGGGAAUGUUUCUGCAUAAACCUUACUAUCGCAUGCAACGGUUUUGUGAUCUGGCAGAUCAGUUGGAUGAACUGGCCAAAAUAUAUACCCAGAUUGCUCAUUUCUCCCGAGCUUAUUUGGUGCUUAAUUCGUUUUGCCUCGUGAUGUCGCUGGGAAUUAAUUUAUUCAUCACCACUCUGGGAUUUUUCAUGCAGUAUCAAGCUAUUGCGGAUUAUACAUUCAUUGAGGAGGCUUACGAUGUGACCAAAGCGUUGUCGCACUUAGUUUUUCUUCUGGUGCCAUUUUUGGAGAUUAUCUUGGUGGCACGCGUCAGUCAAGAUGAACUGAUUCAAGCUAAAGAAACGGGUAAUUUGCUGCAACGUAUGAACAUGGAGCAUGCUGAUGUGCGCUUUAAGGCAGUUGUAGAUGCAUUCUGGCUGCAGGUGUGCACCAUAAACCUCAAAUUAAUUCCGAUGGGUCUGCUGGAAUUGGACGGUAGCACGGUCAACAAAUUGUAUUCAACCGUUACUACUUUUUUGUUGUUUCUCAUACAAAAUGAUUUGAAUUUUCGAUUUUCGAUUAAAUAAACUUAUAGCAGUC